AUGCUAGUAGGUCAUCACCGGCUUCAGAUAAAAUUCACACAGCUGUGUGUGCGUAUAUAUUUAUAUCAUUUAAGGAUGUGGAAUCAAGUCGGUGUGAAAGUAAUCCACAAUGCUCCUUAUUUUAUCCGCGGAUUUUGUCGGCGAUGCGUUAAAGGGAAGUUUGCAUCAUGUGCUGGUCAAAGUCAGAGACAGCACAGGAAGACUUCAGUCGUGUCCUGUAUCAUACAGACCCGCUGUGUCUCAAAUCCUCCGUGGAGAAUAUUGUUCUUCGGAAGUGACGAUUUCGCAGUAGAGUCUCUGAAACGGCUUCAUGCAGCUCGAGGAGACGGAGCUGAUUCUGUGCUGGACUCGCUCGAGGUUGUCACUUUGUCCAAUAAUGUCCCUGUCCGGAAGUUCGCAGAGCAGCACGAGCUCCGGGUUCAUGAGUGGCCCAGGGUGGAGUCCAGUGGGCAGUUUGAUGUCGGGGUGGUGGUCUCAUUCGGCUGCCUGCUUCAGGAGAGCCUUAUCAACACAUUCCCAUAUGGGAUCCUCAACGUGCACCCUAGCCUCCUGCCUCGGUGGCGUGGACCUGCACCUGUUUUUCACACAAUUCUACAUGGAGACAAACUCACUGGAGUCACCAUCAUGCAGAUUAGGCCGAAGAAGUUUGAUGUUGGUCCGAUACUCAAUCAGGUGCUUUAUGAGGUCCCUGAAAAGAGCACGGCUGAUGAGCUCGGAGGCUCGCUGGCUGCUCUGGGAGCCCAGCUGUUAAUAGACACAUUAAGAAACCUUCCAGAACGAAUAGCAAAUAGGACAGAGCAGGCCAGAGAGGGGGCAACAUUUGCUCCUAAAAUCAACUCUUGUUUGAGUUGGCUCGUGUGGGAAGAGCAGACGUGUGAUCAGAUAGAUCGACUGUAUCGUGCUAUAGGAUCUCGGGUUCAUUUGAGAACAAUCUGGAGGGGCCGUGCCAUCAAACUUCUAGACUUUGUUGGAAAAUGCAACGUGCCAUUCACAGAAAUUUCAAGUUUUGCUGCAGUCCCUGGGUCCAUCCAUUAUCAAAAAGAUUCAAACACACUGUCAGUCUGCUGUAAGGAUGGUUGGGUUGGAUUCAAAACAGUAAUGUUAAAGAAAAGAUUAUCAGCAGCAGAUUUCUUCAAUGGGUAUCUUCACCAGAGUGUCCUGAAAAAAUCACAGUCCCAGAACAGCUGCCAGUUUCAGAGCUACAGAGAGAAAACGGGACAGAAUCCCAAAUCAAUGCUCUGGAAUCAGACCAUUGGUUAAAGCCUGUAACACUGUAAACACACAUGAGAAAUUCUGUAAUUUCUUAAUUACAGUGCUUAAAUAAUUGUCUGUUUUAAGACAGUGAGACAGAGUUGUAUGACAUGUUUGCUGCACUGUAUUAUUGUAAAAACCGUGUGUGUGUGUGUGUGUGUGUGUAUAUAUAUACUGAUGAAUGAGUUUAUUUUAAUGAAGUAUUUGCUUUGAACUGAUGUGUGAUUGUAGCUCAAAGUUUGAGCAGUAGCAUGAUGAUGCUGGCCCAAAGAUUUCUUAUUCACAGCUGACUUGUGAAUUAAGUUCUAGAAAGUAAGAAAUUAAAUACAUUCACAGUACUGAAAUAUAAACCUGUAAAUUGUAGAAGUGUAUAAUCUAUGCAGCCUUUUCCUUUGGUAUUCAAGAUGAAGGUGAAGGGGGGAAUUACACUAUAUGGCCAAAUGUAUGUGGACAUCUGGUCUGACCAUCAGACCCAGAUAUAGUUCUUCCCCAAACUGUUGCUACAAAGUUGGAAGCAGACAAGUGUUUAGAAUGACUGAGUGCUGUAGUAUAGCAAUUUCCCCUUCACUGGGAUUAAAGGGCCAGUGAUACUCACCAUUGACUUUAUUAAGAACACCUGCACAUUCAUGUAGUUAUCUCAGAUCAGUGGUGCCAACCUAGUGACUUUUCAGACCUCUUUAGCAACUUUUUAAGAAGAGAGGGAGAGAAAAAAAAAGCACCUAACGACAAAUCUGGUGACAUUUUGGACAAACCUUAGCAACUUUCCAAAUGGCUUGCUUUCAUGUUCCAUACCUGUUCAUUAUAGUUUUAUAAAAAGAGUUAUGAAAAGUAAUUUUUAAUAAAGUACAAAAGCAAAAAAAUUUAUAUCUAUCUAUCUAUAGAUAACAGAUUACAGAUUUUGGCCUAGGAUUAUAGGAAUCUUUUAGGAUUCUCAAAAUUUUUCUCAGACGACCAAAUCGUGGCCAAAAAUCGUACCGUGUGAACCCGGCUUUAAAAUCUUCAAGUGUGUGGCCAGGCUCAGGGGGUGAAGCUAAGAUGCAAGGAAAAGAAAUGAGGAUGCACAAAUAAGAAAUGAGAAGCACUCAGGGUUUACAGGAAAAUACGUGGAAACACUCAUGUCCUAUUUUCUGACGGUCUCAAUUCUGCCAAACGCUAGCUCACAGUCAGUGUGAGGAGAAAUGGAUAUACGCCGUUUAUUUAUUUAUUUUAAACCAGUAAAGGGGUUGAAACUGAAUCAGUAAAAUCCUCUGAUACUGAGCUUUCCUGCUGUUGGUGAAAAACUUCUUGAAUGAGAUUCGCGCUUUUGUUGACGUGCCUGGAGCCGCUGAAAUGACAUAAAAAUGCGACUUGAUGGCGCUCAAGUACAAAACUGUCUUACCGAAGAAGAAGAAGAAGAAGAAGAAGAAGUCCAGCACCCACCAUUUUAGUGAGUCCAUAAGUGACAUACCCGAAAUAAAGCGCUCACUGCUAAUAUAAUAUAUAAAGUGUACUUAUUGUGUUGUGGUUAUUUUUUGGACGACACUGAAAUGCAAGCAUAUAUAUCUAAAUGAUCCAUUUCAUACUGUCAGUGUUGUUUUCUACACUAAAUAGCAUUGUUUGUUUCUU